CGCAGUCAUGCUUGGUGCACUCGGCCCACCACUGCGGACGCUGCCGGUGCUUCCGGCGCCCGUUCGCGCCCUGGCCAACCCAACGCGGUCGCUGCUGCAUGCCAGCCCAGCUCUCUACCAGAUGAGUGCCCGGCUGAGGCAGAGUCUCAUCGCUCGGCCAGCGUCGCAACUCGUCCUCACACAGCAAUUCCUUCAAAGCGCGCGAGUUGUUCUCCGUCCCACUCACGCAGUCCGCUUCCACACGACCCCCGGUGGCUACAGCAAGAGCACUGCUUCAUCUUCGCGUGAGGCCAGCCACACGCUGCGUGACGAAAGCGGCCAGGUCCGGUCUUCCUCGCCACCACCCCCACCGCCGCCGUCAUUGCCGGAACAGCCGCGCAAAGCCCGAGCUGCAGGUCUGACGUGGCGCCGCGUUCGAUGGCUCGCGUUUCUCACAGUUGCCGGUAUUGUCGGAGAGCGGGCAUAUACAAACCACAUGCGAUGGGAAGAACGCAUCAUGGAGAAACGCCGAGCUGCGCAGCGUGACGAGCGAUCUCUUGCCGCUCUUUAUGACAUUGAUGACAUCCAUGCGAUGGCCGACAUUUUGACACGCGUCAUCAUGCUUUCGGCGCAAACUCCACUCCAGCAGCUGCAUUCGUUGCUGCGCUUGAACGCCUUUGCAGAGCACAACUUGGAUGCUUUCGCUGCUUCCCUUCCCGGCCUCGCGCUUCAUUAUGGCGCUUUCGAGACGAUAUUCGAUCUCGCGCAGUCGCGUCAGUUCCCGCAGCUUCGGCACGCUGCAUCGCAUGCACUAAUGGUGCUUUCUUCUGCCGAUGACUUUCUGCGAGACAAACUCUCGAGCAUGCUUGCAACGGAAACGCAAAUCCUGGUUAGCCUCGCGCGACAGCCUGGUCCCAUCCCGGAGCUGCUCUUGAGCGCCUUGCAGCAUCGGGCAAGUCGGAGCAGCAGCAGCAGCAAACCCGUCGUCCCGCCAUCUGGCCUGGACGCACUCUCGACACCCCUGCCGCCAACGAAAGCGUCAGAAUCCCCUGCACAUCUUUUGAAACCGACGGCAGUGCCCGUCCCGCCGAGUCCCAUCACGGCAGACAACACGUUUAACGAUGCAGUCCGUCUGCGGUUGCGUUCGCUCUUUCUGCAUUGCCGGGCCAGCCACGAUCCGUGCCUGGAUCACUUCUUGUCCCUUGCUUCGGAGCAGCUGAUUCCUUCCUUGGUCCAGGCAAAGGAGGAGAGCGCCCGGUACAUGUACUCGCAUCAUGAAGACGCGCACAGCACAGUGGCCUCCUUUGGCCACGCGCCCACCGUUCUUCUCGAGUUGUUUUCCGUCAAGGCGCUUGCGCUGCUGUCGGCCCAUCCUGUAAAUCACCCCAUCAUCAUUAAACGCCGCGGUCUGCCGGUGCUGGCCUCGCUCGCUCGGCACCCCGAUAUUCGCAUCCGAACCGACGUUGCCCGUAUUGUCGCCAAUGUCACGUGCUAUGCGUCAAAGUCUCCCUCGACCGUCGACAUGUUUGUUGACCAUGGAUGGCUGUCCAUCUUUGGCGAUUGGCUGCGCUCCGACGACCUCUAUCUUCAAGCACACGCUGCGCGUGCUCUGGCCAACCUUGCCGGCGAUCCGCUCACUUCGCUUCAUGCGCAGUCUCAAUCUCCACCUGCUGCUGAUGUUGCUGCUGCUGCUGCUGCUGCUGCUGCUGCUGCUGCUGCUGCUGCUGCUGAUAGCGUUCCUUCUGACUCUGCUGAUAACGCAGAGUCCAUCAGCGCAGGCGACCUCAAUCUUGCAGAGUUUGCGGCUGCCCGCAUGGCAAGCGCAGCUCCGAGCAGUGCAAUGGCCGCGUCCAUCCACGAGGUCCUCCAGACGUCCGUUUCAAGCACGCCUUCACCUACGCCCGCCCUCCGACCCGUCUACCAGGAUGGCGUGUUUUUGCUCUAUCCGCAGUUUUCCACCGUCGCCCACACCGACGCGGACGUCGUUUUUGUGCAUGGCUUGCUGGGCGGGCCUUUUGUCACCUUCCGUCAAGGCCUGCCACCCGCUCCGUCGCAAGACGCGCCAAUUUCGCGGUGCUGGCCAAAGUUUUGGCUGGCCGAGGAUGUCCCGAACGUGCGCAUUGUCACACUAGAGUACGAUACUUACGUGAGCGACUGGAGUCCUUGGUGCCCGCAUAUUGCUGCCGACACGGUGCGACGUUCGCUUUCCCAGCGAAGCGGCGAGAUGCUCGAAAAGCUCAAUGCAGCAUGCAUUGGUGCCAAUGGUCGACCAGUCAUCUGGGUCUGCCACUCCAUGGGUGGAUUGCUCGUCAAGCAGAUGCUCGUCGACGCGGCUGAGCGACCCGAGUUGCGGCACAUUGUCGACAAUACGAAAGGCGUUGUCUUUUUCAGCGUCCCGCACGCAGGAUCGAGCUUGGCUGAGUACUCGGCAAAGGCCCGUUACCUUCUGUUCCCGUCCAUCGAAGUCAAUCAACUCAAGGCCGGCUCGCCGCAGCUUGCCAAGCUUGCCAGCCAGUUCUCGCCGCUUGCACAAAAGUUUGAUUGCCUGAGCUUCAAUGAGGUCAAGCCGACCGUUUUGAUGAGCGGGAUCCAAAUGACGGUCGUAACUCCGGAAUCCGCCAAUAUCGGAAUCGGAGAGUACAUUGAAACCGAUCACGAUCACUUGACUGUCUGCAAACCUGUGCAUCGGAAUGAUCCUCGGUACGAGCGCGUCGUCUCGUUCAUUCGGCACCGCGUCCCGGGUCUUGAGCUGAUUGAGGAAGUUCCAGUGGAUCCCGAGACGGUGGAUGCGGCUCUUGAACACGACAACAUUCUUCGCGAACAACGCCAGCACCAGGAGCAUUAUGCUGCGAGCAACCAGGCCAGUUACAAUGCGACUCUGCUCGCGCAAACUGAGGCCGAAGAGCAAUGGCGGCAGCAAGAGCCGUUUGUCGAGCAAAAUCUCAUCAAGACGGGCGAGUAAUGUUUUUUGGAGCAUCUCUCGUCUGCGACAAAGGCUGAAGCUUGGAAACCUUGCUUUUUUGCACAAAAUCAAAAUGUACCAUAUCGUGUUUAAUAGUCGGACGUUUGACACAUUUGCCUGCAUCACAACAGGCAACACCUUCUCAAUAAAAGCUCAAAACAGAAA